AUGGUUUCGCAGUGGGGAAUCAACUUCGCCGUCUACCUCAUCACCAACCACUUCGGCAAAAUCGUCGCUAAAGUUUGCGAAAAUCUACUCAACCACGGAGCUCUCACUCUGGACCUGGCUAUUCGUUACACGGAACUUUCCUCAGAGCAUGUUAAGAACUCAUUGCUUGUAUUGAUUCAACACAAUUGUGUCCAGGCUUUUGUUGCUGAAGGUGGUGAUGAUGAUGGGUCGAGAGUUAAGACACAAUACAUGGUGUUGUUUGAUAACAUACUCCAUCGACUGAGAUUUCCAAAAUUUAUGGAGAUAGUUUCGGGGGAACUUGAUGACAAAUGUGCAAAAAUUUUUGAGGGUUUGCUCCGCGAUGGUAGACUUAACAUGAAACAAAUGGUUGACAGAGAAAGUCAGGGAAAAGAAAAUGCAGCGGCUGCAGCUGCUGUACGAGAGAGCCUUCUUAAACUUCUGAUGGCUCGAUUUGUUGAGCGCUGCCCACUCCCUGAGGCUAGAGUAGGUGAAGAAGAAGUUAUUACUAAGAAGCGUGGUGCUAAGGGGGCCCAGAAUUUCAAAGCACCAGAAACAAAAGAACAACGUGUUAAAGAAGCUGCAGUGCGUGGGGAUAUGAUUAGAUUUUCACUCAAUGCAGAUAUAGGAUAUAAUAGUGAUGGAGAAACAAUUCCAGCUGAUACAAGCAUUGCAGAAAAUGAUGCAAAAGAGGACUUAAUUCUUUGGCGUGCAAAUUUUGACGAGUUCACACGUUAUCUCAGGGACAAGGCACUGGUUGAGAAUGUAAGAACACGGAUGGACGAUGGAGCUGCUAUUGUCCUAAGUGCAAUAUUGAAGGCAACAAGAGAUAAAGAUAAAGAAGUGAAAAUAGAAAAAUCAGUUCCCUUACCGCUGGAUACAAUUUUCUCAGAAGUGAUUAAGACUGAAAAUGGCCGAACAUUGACCAUAGAUCGUGUUAAAGCUGCUCUUGUUCAGUUGGGCUGCUCAAAUCAGAUGUUAUAUGAAUAUAUUGUUGAUUUAAAGCACAUUAUUCGAUGGGCUCGAAAUGAAGAGGUUGAGUCAAUUGUGCUAAAAAGGUAUGGAAGGGAUGCCUAUCGAAUGUUCAGGCAUCUAUCAAAGGAAAAUCAGUUUUGCCCGACAGAUAAGCUUGCAGAUGCUACUCUUGUAGAGAAAAAGGAAGCUCCAAAGUUACUGUAUAAAUUAUGGAAGGAAAACUACUUGCAUAUGGAGAAAUUAUCUGUCACUGGAGGAAAUACUAAGCCAGUGUCGAUUUUAAUGUGGAAAGUUAAUCAGCCUGUGCUUUGGAAACAUGUUCUGGACGAGAUGUACCACGGUGCCUUAAAUUUGAAACUAAGAAUGGCUUCUGAGCAAGAAAAGGAAGAAGAGAUUAUAAAUACUCCUAAGGCCAAGAUUAAUGAGUCUGUGCCAUUGAUGAAGAAAUACAAACGGCUACAAAGUGUUUUAUUACUUUUGGGAACAUCACUGAUGAAACUUGAUGAUGCUCUUAUGCUUUUCCAUGACUUCUGA